GUGACCCCUACUGUAGACCAUCUGCUGCAACAGAUUGAAUCAGCCACAGACAGCGACAGUGUCAAGCUACUGGCUCUGUUGACCCUGGGAGAAAUCGGGUGCAAAAGCGACCUGUUUUUGCACGACGGGGUGGAGCAUGCGCUACAAACGGCCUUCAACCACCCCAGUGAGGACAUCAAACUGGGAGCGGCUCAUGCUUUGG